AUGAUACUGCGGUUCCAAAGCCGUGAGGGCCAGUUCCGCCUCACCAUCGAUUCAAACGCCGAAAUACCUACUGUCCUUCCUCAGGUCCUCGAAAAAUUGCCGAAGAAUGUGAUACCUUCCACUGUCACCAUUUCCCCACGACCACACGGCGCAGAUUCCAGACCGAUCGAGUCGUUGAAGGGCGUGAGCUUUGGUAGACUAGGCCUUGCACACGGCACUCAGGUCUUCCUUGACUACAAGCUGGAAGAUGCACCUACCGCCAACGGACACAGCGCUGCGGCCAACAAGCUCAACGGGAACGAGGUCAACCAGAAUGAGCUCCAGUCCAGUGUUGCUAUCAAUAAAGCUCCAACACUUAUCAAGAAUCCUUGGGAGACCGUCAAGCAAUCAGAGCUUGACGAUCGAUUAGAUAAGCAGGAUGGCAAGAUUAGGCGGAAGAAGGACGAGAAGAUGUGCAGACAUGGUCCCAAGGGCAUGUGCGACUACUGCCAGCCGCUUGAGCCCUACGAUAAGGGCUAUCUUGAGGAGCACAAGAUCAAGCACAUGUCUUUUCAUGCAUAUCUGCGAAAAAUCAACCACGGCAAGAACAAGUACGAUUCUGGAAGCUCGUACAUGCCGCCUUUGACCGAACCAUACUACCGCGUCAACCCGAACUGCCCUUCCGGCCACAGACCAUUCCCUGCCGAGAUAUGCACAAAAUGCCAGCCAUCUGCAAUCUCGUUACAGCCGCAAGAAUACCGCAUGGUCGACCACGUGGAGUUCCAAUCGUUUGAUAUUGUCAAUAGAUUUAUCGACUUCUGGCGCAAGAGUGGCGUUCAGCGUAUAGGAUUCCUAUACGGCAGAUACGAGGCAUACGACCAGGUCCCGCUUGGUACGAAGGCUGUCGUCGAAGCAAUCUACGAGCCACCGCAAGGCGAUGAGGUCGAUGGCGUCACCAUGACUGAGUGGGAGAAGGAGGCGCAAAUAGACAAGGUCGCCGAACUUACUGGCAUGCAACGCCUCGGCGUCGUCUUUACUGACCUGAUCAGCCCCGAGAACCCGGAAGAAGGUGCUGCCAUCUGCAAGCGCCACGUCGACUCGUAUUUCCUGUCUUCGCUUGAGGUCUGCUUUGCAUCCCGGUACCAGGCCAAGUACCCUCGGCCCUCAAAAUGGAGUGAGACCGGCCAGUUUGGCAGUAAUUUCGUGACUUGUGUGAUUUCUGGGGACUCUGAAGGCCAGAUCGGAAUUGCAGCAUACCAGGCUUCCAACGCCGCCGUAGAGAUGGUGCGUGCGGAAAUUGUCGAGCCUUCUGCAGACCCGAGUGUCAUGCUCGUCCAGGACGAGGAAGAAGCCGAGCAGCUCGGACAGAAGAAAUACAUCCCAGAAGUCUUCUACCGGAGAAUCAACGAGUACGGUGCCAACGUCCAGGAGAAUGCGAAGCCCUCAUUCCCGGUGGAGUAUUUGUUCGUCACCCUCACUCACGGCUUCCCGAACGAGCCAAAUCCUCUCUUUGCCAAGAACGACUUCACGGUCGAGAAUCGUGAACUUCUUGGCCAGGCACAAGAGACUAGAGAUCUACAGAAACACCUCAGAGCCGGCGCAAGCAAGGUCUCGCUAGACAGCACGACAGGUGUCCUUGCCGUAUCAGACUUCCAUGCCCUGUGCUACAUCGCCGGACUCGGCGUGCUCAGUGAUAACGAACUCAACCUCCUCUGCAAAACUGCAAUCCAAAAAGACGCCCAGCUCGGCGCUACUCUCAUGCAUACUCCAGGUUGGAAAUCUUUGAUUGCCAUCUUGCAUGAGCUUAAAGCGAGACCUGAUAAGCGACUUGGAGGGAGUGUGGUGGAUCAGGGGGUUUUGGCCAAGAGGAUUAAGGGUAUGAGUAUGGCGGGUGCGAAUGGGAAUGGGGAUGGGUUGGGAAAUUUGAAGAAGGGAUAG